AUGAAUUUUUAUUACAAAUUUUUUCAGAAAAGAAAAAAAAAAUUAGAAAGAAAUCUUGUAAAGUCCGAUGAAUAACAAUGUUACAACCAAUUCAGAAAUAAUUAAAAACGCGGUUUGAAUGAUUGCAUUAAUUAAUAAAAUCUCUCUCUCUCUCUCUCUCCAUGCUCUGUUAGAGGGCUUCACCUGUGUUCAUAAAUAAGUGCCCUGAAGACACAGGACCAUGAGAGGUGAGGAAGAGAGAUGAUCAGGUCAACAGAGACACCAACAUCUUCCGUUAACAUCUCAUCAUAAACAGUAGCACCGCCAGCCACUGUAAUAAAAUAAUGCAUCUUUAAGACGACCAAGACAACAUUUUGCAUGGUCUUUCUUCUCUUUCGUCAUCUUCAUUAUUUAUACAUAUAUACAUAUACCGAAUCUAUAGCCAAGACAAGUGUAGAAGAAAUUAAGGAAAGAGAGAUUAGUUUCGGAUAGAGAUGGCGGAAGGAGGAACAACCUUGGAGUAUACUCCUACAUGGGUGGUCGCUGUUGUUUGCACUGUUUUUGUGGUCAUAUCUCUUGCUGUUGAAAGGUUCCUUCACUAUCUUGGCAAGUUGUUGAAGAAAAAAAACCAGAAACCCCUCUUCGAAGCCUUGCAGAAGAUCAAAGAAGAAUUAAUGCUUUUGGGGUUCAUAUCGCUGCUAUUGACUGUGUUCCAAGGUAGGAUUACCUCAAUCUGCAUAUCAGAGAAGUUGGCUAAUAAAUGGCUACCUUGCAAGAACAAAUCAGACGCCACUGGUACUGCCCAUUUUCAGGCCUUCUUCUCUUUCUUCCCUGGUGGGUCUGCUCGUCGCCUUCUAGCUGAGUCCUCUGACUCCGCCUCUUCCUGCAGCAAGGGAAAGGUUCCAAUUUUAUCUACAACUGCAUUGCAUCAUCUUCAUAUAUUUAUCUUUGUUCUAGCUUGUGUGCAUGUGGUUUUCUGUGCCCUAACCAUACUUUUCGGAAGUGCAAAGAUAAGACAGUGGAAGCACUGGGAAGAUUCUGUCUCAAAUAAGGAGUAUGACAUUGAAGAAGCAAAAAGCUCAAAGGUUACACAUGUUCAUGAUCACGAUUUUAUCAAGAACCGGUUUCGGGGUAUUGGAAAAAACUUCUACUUGAUGGGUUGGGUGCAUUCAUUCUUCAAGCAGUUUUAUGGGUCUAUAAAUAAAUCUGAUUAUAUCACAUUGCGACUGGGCUUCAUUAUGACUCAUUGCAGGGGAAACCCAAAAUUUAAUUUUCACAAGUACAUGAUGCGUGCUCUUGAAGCUGACUUCAAGAAAGUUGUUGGAAUAAGUUGGUAUCUUUGGAUAUUUGUGGUUGUUUUCUUGCUGCUGAAUGUUGCUGGUUGGCAUGCUUAUUUCUGGAUCGCAUUCAUCCCCUUCAUUCUUCUACUAGCAGUGGGUACUAAGUUGGAGCAUAUAAUUAUCCAAUUAGCCCAUGAGGUUGCUGAGAAACAUGUAGCAGUUGAGGGGGACUUGGUUGUUCAACCUUCUGAUGAUCACUUCUGGUUCCACAGACCUCGGAUUGUUCUCAUUUUGAUCCACAUCAUCCUAUUCCAAAAUUCUUUUGAACUUGCAUUUUUCUUCUGGAUAUGGGUGCAAUAUGGUUUUGACUCCUGUAUAAUGGGAGAAGUUGGUUACAUCAUUCCAAGACUCAUCAUAGGGGCUUUCAUCCAGUUCGUCUGCAGCUAUAGUACCUUACCACUGUAUGCAAUUGUCACACAGAUGGGAAGUUCAUUCAAGAAAGCAAUAUUUGAUGAACAUAUUCAAGAGGGUCUUGUUGGUUGGGCUAAGCAGGCCAAAAAGAAGACAGUUCUUAGAAAGGCUGCUAAUGGCUCUAGCCAAGUUGGUCACAAGGAGGAUUCCCCUGGGGCAGUCCUGUUAACAAAAAUAGGUUCAGAGAGAUCUACAACUGAAGAGAGAAAAGCAGGAGAGAUUUCGCAAGAAAACUACCCCUGAUAGGCCUAAUGAACAGCAUUAUCCUUCUAUAAUAUAAGUUAAGAGAGCUAAUAUUCCAGAAUUGCUUUGUGUGCCAAUUCUGAGUCCAAGUUACUAUGAUUUUAUACCCUUUUGGUUUAAUAACUGUAUUAUAUUUCAAGAUUGCUCUGUUAUAAAAUUGAUGCAUUUAGAUGGGAUUGGA